AUGCCAUUCAGCCCGGCUACUGGUACACCAGCAAGAGACGAUACGUAUGAUGUUGGUCCAACCAAUGGGUCGACUAUGGGUUCGCCUAUGGGCCGAGUGACAUUUCUGAAGAUGAAAUCGAAAGCUAUACUUAAUCGCCUUGAAAGUAUAGCCACCGACUUGGAUCCUGAUAAUCUGCACAGUAAGGAUGAAUAUGCUCUCAACGCAAUACUGGAAUUAUUGGUGGAGCUGAAAUCCAGUUUUUCGGUCACCCACACAAGUUUGGAGGAACUGGACUUCGAGUCGAUUACCAGUGACCUACCUGCCAAAUUCGAUACCACGCUAGUCAAUCUCAGAGCCACUCUGCAACGGGAGAUCGGGAAGCGCAGUACUUCACAACAUUGCUCAACUUUUCGGAUGAACACCGCGGACACACAGUCUAUAAUUGUAAACGCAAAUCGUUCGCGUGUGCCACUGCUAACGUUGCCCAAAUUUAGUGGGGCUUACACUGAGUGGACAAAUUUUUACGCAAUGUUCACAUCUGUAAUCGACAAAGACAGUGAACUGACACAAGUGGACAAGCUUCAACAUUUGCGGUCUUGCCUUAGUGGUGCUGCCCUGGACACCGUGGGAUCACUCGAGAUAAACGACAUUAACUACAAAAUUGCAUUAGAACUUUUACAAAAACGAUUUGAUAAUAAACGUCUUAUCUUUCAGGCACACAUCAGGGGAAUAUUUGAGUUGGACAAGGUGGAUUCGUCCGUACACACGUUGCGGGCAUUGACAGACAAGGCAAUCGCGCAUAUGCGCGCUCUACAAUCUAUCGGCUCAAAAGAACAAAUAUCCGAUAGCAUCCUCAUUCAGUUGAUAGUGCAAAGGUUAGACAAGGUGACUCAAGCUAAAUGGGAGGAGAAUUCGACAAGCAACGACCUACCCUCUUGGAACCAACUAGCUGGAUUCUUAGAAAAACGCUGUCGUACACUCGAAAACGUCGAAUAUGCAUUGCAGACACAAGCUAGCAUUCCGGUAAAAGUCCUCAAAAGCGUGAGUACAAAUCCAAGAAAAUCUUUUGUUGCUUCGAAUAGCUCAGUAGGUAGUUGCGUAUUUUGCGAAUCCCCCGAACAUGUAAUUUACCGUUGUCAACGCUACGUCAAUUUGUCGCCAAAUCUACGCCAGAAAGAAGCUAAAAGGCUCAACCUAUGUCUUAAUUGUUUGAAGAAAGGUCAUCAGAUUCGGGACUGCAAAUCGGGACCAUGUCGCAGCUGUCAAGCGAAGCAUCAUACACUGUUACAUUUUGAUCGGUUAUCCAUUUCACCAACUGCUCAGUGCCAAGCACCUUGCACUACUUCUGAAUCGAAUGCUAGGACUGCAUCAUUAUCUGUCACGUCCCAUGCUCAUACUCCUUCUCCUGAUGUUGUGCUCCUCGCCACUGCAAUUGUUCUAAUUAAAAAUCGUGCUGGAACCUUCGUACCUUGCCGCGCCCUCCUAGAUUCGGGUUCGCAGCUUCACUUCGUUACAACUCGUUUCGCUAACCAGCUACAACUUACUAGGACGAAAUCAUUGGUCGCAGUCUCCGGCAUUGGAGAUGCAAGCUUUUCGACUGAUGGGUGCUCCGUUGAUAUAGUUCUGAAGUCGCGGACUUCAGAUUUUUGUACAAAUAUGACUGCUGUUGUGGUGAAAACAAUUACCGAUAGUCAACCAGUCGCUUCAAUAAACAUCGCUAAUUGGAACAUACCCUCAAACAUUCAACUAGCUGAUCCUGGUUUUAACGUGCCCCAGCGUAUUGAUCUGCUCAUCGGAGCAGGACUUUUCUAUGAGCUACUUUGCGUAGGACAGAUUCAAUUAGCACCUGAAAUACCAUUACUUCAAAAAACUCGCCUUGGUUGGGUUCUGUCUGGCGGUAAGCAACAGGCCCCCAAACUUUCAACAUUCGUAGCAAGUCACAGCUCAACUACAGAUAUCAAUAUUGAUGAUCGGCUGGAUGAUUUAGUCCGGCAGUUUUGGGAGAUCGAUCAUGUCGUUGAACCGAUUUCCAAAAAUUCUAAAGAGGAGCUUGACUGUGAGUUGCAUUUCAAGCAAAAUUUCAUUCGUUUAGCCUCAGGCGCAUAUUCGGUUCGCCUGCCAACAAAGCUAAAUUUAGAUUCGUUAGGUGAGUCGUACUCACAAGCUCGACGCCGAUUUCAAAACCUAGAAAGAAAACUCGUACGUAAUCCUGAGCUCAAGGCAAAAUAUUGUGCAUUCAUGAAAGAGUAUCGUGACCUCAAUCACAUGUCGUUAGUUCCAAACUCUGCUAUCCAUGAGUGCAAAUAUUUUCUGCCGCAUCAUUGCGUCAUUAAAGACGAAAGUACUACAACAAAAUUAAGAGUUGUUUUUGACGGUUCUGCAGCUACAACCUCGGGUUUAUCACUUAAUGAUUUACUCAUGACUGGUCCAACAAUUCAGCCCAAACUUUUCAAUAUUUUGAUUCGUUUUCGUACGUUUCCGAUUGCACUCACUGGAGACAUCUGCAAAAUGUAUAGAUGUGUCCGGAUCUACCCACCGGAUAGCAUGCUCCAGUGUAUAUUGUGGCGUGAUUCUCCUGAAGAUGACUUAAAUAUAUAUAAAUUAGACACUGUAACAUAUGGAACUAAAUCUGCAGCAUUCCUAGCGAUUCGUUCAAUGCACCAACUUGCGUCGGAUGAAUCCUCAGUUUAUCCACUUGGUUCGCAAACCAUCAUUCGAGAUUUUUACGUGGAUGACUUGAUAAGUGGUGGCGAUACUUUGGAAGAAGUAGAAGAAAUCAAACGACAAACAACGAAUAUUCUCGCUCGAGGUAACUUCCAGCUAAGAAAAUGGUGUUCCAAUAGUCCAGAUGUUCUUCGUAAUAUUCCUGAUACUGAUAAACAAGACUUGCUUAAGUUUAAUGACGGCAGCGACAUCACCAAGGCAUUGGGCUUGAUCUGGAAGCCGUUUGAUGACAAUCUGCUAUUUUCGUUUAAGUCGCAACCUGAAUCUUGCAAGAAUUCCAAGCGAUCGGCGUUAUCUACGUUAGCUCGUUGUUAUGAUCCGCUUGGACUCAUUGGCCCCACUUUGACCAGAGGAAAAAUUCUUUUACAGCGCAUGUGGAGGGAUAAGCUGGAGUGGGAUGAAAGCUUACCGCACUCACUGAACACUGCUUGGUCUACAUUUCGUAACGAGUUCGUCAAAGUGCAGCAUUUAUCAUUCCCUCGGUACGUACUGCAGCCUGGAGCCACCGUCGAAAUUCAUGCAUUUUGUGAUGCAAGUAUCGAAGCGUAUGGUGCCUGUAUCUACAUUCGUUCGAUAAUGGAUGACCGCGCGCAAGUGCAUCUACUGUGUUCCAAAGCUCGCGUCGCUCCAUUGAAGAUACUUACGAUACCCAAACUGGAACUCUGCGCUGCUGCCUUGCUUGCGGAAUUAGUAAAUGGGAUAUUCAAAAUGAAACUUUUCGCCGGCCGCUUUCACUGUUGGUCGGAUUCAUCGAUUGUGCUUUCAUGGCUGCGUGAAGAGCCAUCUAAAUUUAAUGUGUUUGUUGCUAACCGGGUAAGCGCGAUACAGCAACUUACAGAGGGUAUGCAAUGGCAUUACAUUCCUACAGAAUUAAACCCUGCUGACAUUUUGUCGAAGGGAGCCUCACCAACGACACUUUCACAAUCUCCACUUUGGAUGCACGGGCCUUCGUUCUUGCGAGAAGUUGACAACAAUUGGCCCCAAUUUUGCGCACCUAAAACUAAAAUUAUAGAACUUCGACAAAAGGUGUUGCUCUUGUCAAAUGAUCGAACCGACUUAACACUAUCCUUUAAGUACAUAAAUUCGUUUGGCAAGAUGCAACGUAUUUUUGGAUAUGUAAACAAGUUUAUAACAAGCAGAAUCUCACCAAGAACUUCGCAACUCACGUUUGAGGAUAUUCAUCGCGGUACUCAAUUGUUGAUUCGCAUCGUUCAAAGGGCGCAGUUGUGGUCCGAGUAUGUGGCUUUGAAAAACAAUAAGUGUGUUCACGCCUCAAGCCCCAUCGCUUCGCUGUCACCAUUUUUAGAUGAUUUUGGCCUUAUUCGUGUAGGUGGCAGACUAAGACAUUCAACGCUCAGCUUUGAAGCACGUCAUCCAUGCAUCCUUCCAAGGGAUCACCCACUGACAUUCGCCAUAAUAACACAUUAUCACCGCGCUCUCAAACGCUUCGUCGCUACGCGCGGCAUACCUAGCUGCAUCUGGUCAGACAACGCCACAAACUUUGUGGGCGCUAGAAACGAGUUAAACGACUUACGAAAUUUAGUCCUCAAUGAAAAUCAUCGUAGCGCAGUUAAUAACUACUGCAUUAGCAAUGGAUUUGAUUGGCGCUUCAUACCGCCUCGUUCGCCGCAUUUUGGGGGCCUAUGGGAGGCAGCGGUUAAAACAGCCAAGCAGCAUCUAUAUCGUUCAGUUGGGUCCUCAAUUCUUGGAUUUGACGAAUUGCGUACUUUGGUAUGUCAAAUAACAGCUAUAAUAAAUUCGCGUCCUCUUGUUCCACUUUCAGAGAAUCCAGAAGAUCUUGAUGUGCUUACGCCAGGUCACUUUUUGAUUGGUGGCCCACCAACCGCUUUUCCUGAACCCAAUCUUACGUCGCUGAAUUAUAACCGGCUCAAUCAAUGGCAACGCGUAUCCUACAUUCAACAAAUUUUCUGGAAGCGUUGGAGUCAAGAAUAUCUAACUAUUCUACAGCAGCGAGUUAAAUGGCGAACGCCUCAGCCUAGCAUCCAGGUCAACGACAUUGUGUGCAUCAAAGAGGAAAACACGGCUCCACUAAAAUGGCCUUUGGCACGGGUAGUCGAACUCAUCACUGGAACUGACGAUGUUGCACGAGUAGCCGUCUUGCGUACACCUACUGGCAUUACACGUAGAGCUAUCAAUAAGCUUCAGCGCGGUGGCCGCAAUCUAGUAGUGAGUAGCAGUAGCACUUUGGCUUAUGCAACCGCCAAAUGUGCCACAUUGGCUGAUAGUGAUCGCAAUUUGAUGAUCAACGAACCACAUCAUAAUAAUUACUUGCAAUUUGUUGCAAUUGAUAAGCCCAAACUGGCUUCGGUGUCACCCCGUGGCAUUGCAAUUUACUGUUGCGCAUGCGCAUGCGCGUUUAUGACAAAACAAAUGAAAGUCAUUGAUCAUGAGCGCGUUCGCUGA